GGAGGCGGGAGGGGGGUUUAGAGGGAAAUACACAGUGACACAAACAUACAAAAAACAUACAUAAAAACACACAAACAUACACAAAAUAUACAUAAAAACACACAAAACAUACACAAAAACACACCAACAUACACAACACAUACAUAAAAACACACAAAACAUACACAAAACAUACAUAAAAACACAAAACAUACACAAAAACAGAAUGUACAUAAAAACACAAAACAUACAUAAAAAAUACAUAAAAAUACAAAACAUACAUAAAAACACACAAACACACAAAAUAUACAUAAAACCACACAAAACAUACACAAACAUGCACAAAAAAUACACAAAACAUACAUAAAAAUACACAAAGACAAAAACAUGCACAAAAAACAUAAAACAUAACCAAAAACACAAAAUAUACAUAAAACAUACAUGAAAACACACAAAACAUACAUAAAGACACACAUUGUUACGGCUGUGGCCGUAUUUUUGUUAAUGUGUUUGUAGUUCUGAAAUGUUUUGUUGUCUGGGAGUGGGUUUCUGUGUUUGUUUGUAGAUCUUUGUUUUGUCCUUGUGGUUUGUUUCGUCCUGUUGGUUGGUAGUGGGUGUUCUGUGUUUGUGGAUCUUUGUGUGCAGGAGCUGAUUGGUGGCAAGGCGGACCCAGCGCUGAUUGGCUAUAACCCAUUUUAAAUCUUGGCGGCCGGCAGUGAUGAUGGGGAACCUCUCUGACAGCAGCACCCUGUGGUUUUUCCCAGACUCCAAACUUUGUGACUUGAUACCCGUGUUUUCUGAUUAGAUUAAGAUAGUGUGUUUUUUUUUGUUUGUUAGACUUAGGUUCAUUUUUGUAGAAGCUGUGGUUUUGUUGGGUAGGAUCUUUUGUUUGAGUGCUAUAAUGCCUCUUUAGUUUGUAUCCAAUUGUUUUGUUUGUUUUCUUUUUUUUUGCUUGAAUGAAUAGCCCAUGUGGUGGCCUCUUUUAUUUUUGUAAAUAGUGUAAAUAAACCCUUUUGUAAUUUUUCUACAAACUGUUCAUUGUUUUUUUGGGGACUGGGAAAAUAUUCCACCUUAUUUUAUUUUAUUUUAUUUUUUUUAAAACAAACAUUAUGCUACACACCUUCCCCCUAGACGGGUGCGUAACACACAUAAAAACACACAAAACAUACAAAAAACAAAACAUACACAAACACAAAAUAUUCAUAAAAACUAUAUGAAAACACACAAAACAUGCAUAAAAACACAAAACUUACACAAACCAUACAUAAAAUCAAACAAAACAUACAUGAAAACACACAAACAUACACAAAACAUACAUAAAAACACACAAAACAUACAUAAAAACACACAAAACAUACACAAAAAUACACAAAACAUACAUAAAAACACACAAAAACACAAAACAUACACAAAAACAGAAAAUAUACAUAGAACAUACAUGAAAACACACAAAACGCAUAUAAAAAUUAACAAAACAUACAUAAAAAAACAAAAAGUACAUAAAACACAAAACGUACAUAAAAACACAAAAAAUACAUAAAACCACACAAACAUACAAAAAACAAAAAUAAAACAAACAUAAAGACAAACAAACAUACACCAAAAAUACACAAAAAAUAUCGAUAAACACACAAAAUACACAAAGUAUAACCCGGAGAACGGUUCCUGAGAGAACCUAAAAAGUCCUUGAGAGUAGCGUUUAUUUAAGGUUAUUAAAGGUUCUCUGAAGGUUUGAGAAAGAAGAACUGUUCUUAAAAAAACUCUUUCUAAAAGGUUCUCUGUGGUUCUGCAGUGUCACAGUGAGGAACCAUCUAGGUUCCAGGUAGAUCCCGUGUUGUUGAGAGUGAGGAACCAUCUUUGGUUCCAGGUAGAACCUGUGUUGUUGAGAGUGAGGAACCAUCUUUGGUUCUAGGUAGAAUGCGUGUUGUUGAGAGUGAAAAACCAUCUUUGGUUCCAGGUAGAACCCGUGUUGUUGAGAGUGAAAAACCAUCUUUGGUUCCAGGUAGAACCCGUGUUGUUGAGAGUGUGGAACCAUCUUUGGUUCUAGGUAGAAUGCGUGUUGUUGAGAGUGAAAAACCAUCUUUGGUUCCAGGUAGAACCCGUGUUGUUGAGAGUGAGGAACCAUCUUUGGUUCUAGGUAGAAUGCGUGUUGUUGAGAGUGAAAAACCAUCUUUGGUUCCAGGUAGAACCCGUGUUGUUGAGAGUGAGGAACCAUCUUUGGUUCUAGGUAGAAUGCGUGUUGUUGAGAGUGAAAAACCAUCUUUGGUUCCAGGUAGAACCCGUGUUGUUGAGAGUGAGGAACCAUCUUUGGUUCCAGGUAGAACCCGUGUUGUUGAGAGUGUGGCUCCUCCCACCGGGUUCCUCCUGUCUGCUGUCAGAUCUUCAUCAGCAGCCGGACUGAGCGAAGGAUGCUAUCGUCUUCAUCCACCACCUCCUCCAUGCUGCCGUCACAUGACACAGUGACCUCUGACCGCCGAUGUGUUGCCAUGGAAACGUACUGGAGGGAAGUGCACAGCAUCGAGGAGGAAAAGGAGGGAGAAGAAGAGGAGGAGGAGAGGAAGAGUAUGGACGAGGUGGAGCUGGAGGAGGCGUGGCUGACGGAGGCGGGGCUAUCCUCCCUGGUGACUGGCUCGGUGGCGGCAGAGGAAACGCUGCCGCCGGCCGAGGUGCUGCUGUCCACGUUGACCCGGCAACAGGUGACCACGGUGAGGAGGAGGCUGGACAACUACAACGAGACGCUGAAGAAGAGAAACAGGCAGCCAAUCAGAGACGUCCGUGACGUCUUCACUGAGCCUGACGAUGACUCAGCAGACAGAUGCCCCUCCCCUCCCUCCCAUCAUGCCGAGUCACCUCCGAGUCAUCACCACACCACCACCAAGACCAUCCGCAGGAACGCUCACAGAGUGCGACCGACUCUUCCUAUGUUUGUUUAUGAGGAUCAACUACCUGAACAUCCAUCAUCACCCACCAACACACACUCUCCCACCAACACACACUCACCCACACUCACCCCCUCCCCUCCUCACACACACCUGCCGCCCACCGGUCGAUUGAGACGAGCUGAUUGGCUGUUGCGGGACACUCCAUACUCAGAGGGCGUGUCUGAGCACAAAAGGGGCGGGACUUGCUGGGACUGCCUGCGUUUCCAUGGAGAUAACAACAGCGAGCUGCAGUUUGUACCUGUCUCUCCCUCUGAGGGUCUCACCUGUGCAGACGACCUCUCAUCAUGUGACCUCACCCGGCUCGGCUUCAUCUCCCACAUCGAGGUCUCCACCUUCCUGCUCGCUCUGGGUGUCCAAACCAAACGCACUCGCCCGCCGCGCCGCAGGACCCGGGACUCUGGAGUGUUCGGUGUUCCUCUAAACUCACUGCUGGAGAAUGACAAGAAGAAAUUUCCUGGAGUCAAAGUUCCUGUGGUCUUCCAGAAGUUGUUGUGUAUCUUGGAGCAGACUGGGCUGCAGACAGAGGGGAUCCUCAGAGUUCCAGGAUCAGCUGCUAGACUGAAGUACCUGCGCAGAGAGCUAGACAGGUGUAGCGGAGCCUUCGACUGGUCUGCAGUGAGACAGGUGGACGCUGCAGGUUUGCUGAAGCUCUUCAUCAGAGAGCUGCCAACACCUCUGCUGACUCAUACUCACCUGUCUACCUACCGCUCCCUGCUCGGUGUGUCCUCUGAGGUCCAUCAGGUUCAAGCUCUCCAGCUGCUGUCACUGCUGCUGCCUGAAGUCCACAGAGACACUCUGAGAGCCCUGCUGGUCUUCCUCCGCAAGGUGGUCUUUCAUCAGGACCAGAACCGCAUGUCUGUGUGGAACGUCUCCAUGGUGAUGGCACCCAACCUGUUCACCUGCUGUCACCGUGGCAACAAGUCCUCCAUCGCUAAGCAACGAGAGGAGAUGGAGGAGGCGGUGGGAGCGGCUCGACUCAUCCGGCUGAUGAUCACACACCAGGACCUGCUCUGGACCGUACCCACCUUCCUGCUGUUGCAGGUGAGACACAUGAACCAGGUGUCCAAUCAGAAGCAGCUCGGCCUGAGCAGGACGACGAGACGACUGCUGAGGAGGAGGAACGACAAGAACGACAGAAACCAGGUCACGGAGCUGUGUGAAGGUGUGAUCCGGGUGCAAGCCCCUCGACACACCAAGGUUUCCAUGGCGAUACAGCUGGACGAACAGAUGACGGCCAGAGACGUGACGUCACGCUUCGAGUGCGAGGACACUCCUGUUCAGCAUCUGUAUGAGGUCGGAGGAAACAUCUGUGAGCGCCGUCUCCAUCCAGACUGUCUUCUAUUGGACGUCUACAGAGUCAACCCUCACUGUGAUUGGUUGAUCAAACCUUGACAACCUGUCUCACCUGAGUGGCGUCCCGGCUGGUCCCUGAUCAGUGUUAUUGAUGAUGUGACUGUAAACCCUAUUAAAGCUGAGCUGCUCUCUGUC